AUGUCAGAGCGCGAGGCUGAAGCUCAUUCUCAAAGUCUUGAAGAAGAAGAGUCUGGAGAAGACGAUCAGAAGUACAAGCGUUCGACAAACAUAGGAUUUUCCUUUUUGGUAGACUCAGAUGAGAGCGAGAGUGAGGACAGCGACAAAGAAGAGCAAAAUGAAGAGAAGAAAGAAGAUCUGAAGAAGCCUUCCGUUGCUUUUGAGCCGUCCAAGAGCAAGAAUAGAAAGAGCAUGAACGGAAAUUAUAGAAAACAACGGAAGGGUGACGACGAAAUUGAGGAGAAGCAGUCUCUAGAUGAUAUUUUUAACGCGGUGUUGGCGGAAGCGGGCAAUUUGAGCGUUGAGGAUGCGACAUCCACCCGCAACGAGCAGGAACAGUCGCUUUUCGGUGUACAACUCAAGUUUGCCAAUGCAGACAAGGAAAUGAAGCGCAUUUUUGGUGUGAAGGAUAGUGGUCCGACGAUCCAUCGCAAGCGCGGAGAUCCACGGAGCGCUGCACGAUUAAUCGCAAAGAAGGUGAUGAUGGUGUCACCUCUAGACGAAUGGCCGCGUCCACCGACAUUUGUUGGUGGUGGUAUUCGGUGGACACGAUCUAAUAAGCCUAAGGGUAUCGGGUGGAACAGUUUGUGCCAUUAUUACGAAGUUACGUGGUCAAUUGCUUACAGAAAGUUGCAAGACGAAUUCGAGCUUCUCCAGCGGACGCAUGAUCCCAACCUCAUUGCUCACUUCUUGCAGCGUCAUCCGUACCAUAUUGAUGCUCUGCUCACAAUGAGCGAAUUUUUCCAGCAUCAUGGCCAGAUGGACCAAGCCACAGACUGCAUUAAACGGUGCAUAUACGUGUUUGAGCUGGCAUGGACCGACCAGUUUGAUGUUUGCAAAGGAAAUUGUCGCAUGGAUAUUCAAACGAAGAACAAUGACGGUUUUUUUCGAGCACUUUUCAUGCAUAUGAAGCAGAUUGGACGUCGGGGAUGUAUGCGCAGUGCGUUUGAAACAGCCAAAUUAUUGCUCAGUCUAGACCCGCAUGGCGAUCCAAUGAAUGUGCUCUUAGCAAUUGACUACUAUGCGCUCACGUCUCGUCAGUAUCAAUUUGUUAUCGACUUAAGCGACUCAAAAUUACCAGUGGUGGAUCGUAUUGCAUGUGAAACUACUAUGUUGAGGAAAAAAUCUAACAAAGCGGCCCCAUUGGAUACAUCAGACAGCGUUUUGGCGCUACCAAAUCUCGAAUUUUCUCUAGCGCUCGCUCAAUUUUUCCUAGGGAAUGAGUCUGAAGCCAAAACCAAACUUGCCACAGCGCUGCUUAAAUAUCCGGCAGUUCUCAAGCCACUUUUGGAGAAAAUAGCUGUUGAUGUGUCGUCUUCUCAAUGGCAACCAAUUUUGUCAAGUUGCGCGUUCGCCAAUGUGUGUAAUGUCGGUGAAGAGCAAAGUGUACUCCAGCAUUUACUGGAUAUUUACGUCACGAGGAAUCAUUCUAUUUGGAAAGCAAACAACGUGCAAUCAUUCUUGCUACAAAGUGCACAAUACGCUCUCGCAUCUCCGGCUUUUGUGUCUGCGAUUGCUCAAGUGCUAAAGUUGCCCGCUUGUUUGCACAAAUAUGCUCGAGCAGUCAAAGCGGAUUACUCGGAUGAGGUCACAACUUUGCCUGCAGAUCAUCCUAUGUUGCAGCCACCGCAAGUCGAGAAUGAGCAGCUGCUGGAAGCUCUUGCGCAAGAGGAGUUUGCAGCUGAUGACUUGCCGGCUGACGCCAACCCGUUUUUGUUGUUUCUGCAAACGUUGCUGCCUUGGAACCAAGUGUGUGUGAUAAUGAAAUCACCACGGAAAAAUCUUUAUGAUUCUCACACAAGACAAAGCCUGCAAUGUCUUGUGAUAUAA